UGACCAGUAUUGCGUAUGAAGAAAAUGAACGUUCACUGUCUCUGAGAGGUGAAAUGGCGCAGCGAGGAAUUCAGAUGGACCAGGAAAAACUCUGCUGUUCGAUCUGUCUGGAUCUACUGAAGGAUCCAGUGACUAUUCCCUGUGGGCACAACUACUGUAUGAGCUGUAUUAAAAGCCACUGGGAUGAAGAGGAACAGAAGGAAAUCCACAGCUGUCCUCAGUGUAGACAGACCUUUGGAUCGAGGCCUGCCCUGGGGAGAAACACCAUGUUGGCAGAUUUAGUGGAGGAACUGAAGAGGACAGGACUCCAAACUGCUCCGGCUGAUCACUGCUAUGCCGGACCUGAAGAUGUGGCCUGUGAUUUCUGCACUGGUGGGAAAGUGAAAGCUCUCAAGUCCUGUCUGCAGUGUCUGGUCUCUUACUGUGAGCAGCACCUCCAGCCUCACUAUGAAGUUGUUCCAUUAAAGAAACACAAGCUGGUCGACCCCUCCCAGAAGCUCCAGGAGAACGUCUGCACUCGUCACAACGAGGUGAUGAAGAUUUUCUGCCGCACUGAUCAGAAAUGUAUCUGCUAUCUGUGCUCCAUGGAUGACCAUAAAGGCCACGACACAGUUUCAGCUGCAGCAGAAAUGACUGAGAGGCAGAAAGAGCUCGGCUUAUGUCUGCAAAAGAUCCAGCAGAGAAUCCAAAACAGGGAGAAACAUGUGAAGGUGCUUCAACAGGAAGCGGAAGCUAUCAAUCACUCUGCCGAUAAAGCUGUGGAGGACAGCGAGAAGAUCUUCAGAGACGCCAAGCAGCAGAUCAGAUCUCGUCAGAAAACGGAAGUAGCUCACGUCAACGAGCUUGAGGAGAGGCUGAAGCAGGAGAUCACUGAGCUGAACCGGAAGCUCGCUGAGCUGGAGCAACUGUUAGACACAGACCAUCACAUCCAGUUCCUGCGCAAUUUCAUCUUGCUGUCGCGUCUUAGUGAAGCUACAGACUCACCCGGCAUCGAUAGCCGUCCUCUGAGGUACACUGAGGAUGUGACUGCGGCUGUGUCAGAGGCCAGAGAUAAACUACAGGACAUUCUGAGUGAGGAAUGGACCAACAUGUCGCUGACAGGGACUGAAGAUGUUUUACUGCCACAGGCAGAACCCAAGACCAGAGCUGAAUUCGUACAAUAUUCAUGUCAAAUCACACUGGAUGAGAACACAUUCUAUGGGAAAUUUAUGUAUUUGGAUUACCUAAGAGCAACACACAGAUAUGAUUUUAAAUAUGACCAUUAUGGUCACCCAGACAGUUUUACUGACUGGGCUCAGGUUUUGUGUAGAGAAAGUCUGACUGGACGUUGUUACUGGGAGGUGGACUUUGGAGGGAACGGCAUUUUUAUAGCAGUUGCAUAUAAGAGUAUUAGCAGAAAAGGAAGAGAAAGUGCAUUUGGGCACAAUGACAAGUCUUGGGCAUUACAGUGUUUCCAUAAUGGUUAUGAAUUCAGACAUAACAACAUCAGAACUCCCGUCACUGGUCCUUGGUCCUCCCGAGUGGGGGUGUACCUGGAUCACAGUGCAGGGGUUCUGUGUUUCUACAGCGUCUCUGAAACCAUGACCCUCCUCCACAGAGUCCAGACCACAUUCACUCAGCCACUCUGUCCUGGACUUGGUGUACAUCAUAAUGGUAAUUAUGCUAAAAUCUGCACAGGUUCAAACAUAGAGGACUGAAAUCCACAGAGACAAGACAACACAAAUGACAACUUAUAUAGGGUUUAUGUAUGUAGCGAUAUGUCUCAUUUAGCCAUAGUUGUUAUCACUGCAUGAUGAGCGAGUUUUCAUCUUCUUUCAUCUUUAAAGUUAAAUAUGUGCAUGUGUGAUUAAAUGUGAAAAAAAUGAAGAUUGGUUUAAAAUGUAUAUAAAUGAAUAAAAUACAAAUAGAAAACUAAAAACACAAUUAGUUUGGGAUAUUUCUUCUUUUCAAUCUGUAUUGAGAAGGUAAUAAGUAACUUGUGAUCUUUGUUUCUGUAAACUAGUUAAGGAUUGUCGGAGAUUAUUUUCUGAUAUUUGAAGGAAAAGUAGCAAUUUAAAAAUCAUAUCUCUGGCAAUAAAUAACUGAACACAAUAAAUACAUGUUAUUAUUGAUAUUGUCAUAUAGACCUCUCAGAACGUUGCCUGUUGUAACAAAUUUGCUGUGAUU